CCAAAAAAAAUUCUGUUGAGCCAAGAAACCUUGCUGAAGUAAAAAAUAUUGUUAAGAUGAAAGUUUUUUUUGAAACAAAAAAUGCUAGUUACAUAAGUAGUUUUGUUGGAGCUAAAAAUAUUGUUAAGACAAAAAAUAUUAUUAGAGCAAAAAGUACUAUUGGAGCAGAAGAUAUUGUUGAGAUAAAAAAUCUUGUUGAAGCAGAAGGUCUUGUUGGGGUCUAA